UCCGCUGGUGCUUAUUCUUGAAAUUCAACUGCCGAUCACGCCACAGUUUUUACUCAAAACGCAGAAACAGUCACCUGACGGUAUUACUCCACCUCAAGCGGGGGCGUGUGUCUCUCGCCCACUUCCGGGAUCUGCUCCGAUCUCGGUCGUCGGAACCCUCCAUGAACGGACAGGAUUUCGUCUUCUCCAGGAGACGUCGCCUCUCCAUUUCCUUCCCCUGAACUCCUGAAGCCUUGAUUAAGAGCCUAGGUUUUCUCUCGGUUUCUUCAGAAUCCGAUCCCUUUGUCAUAUAUCCCUUGGAAGCUUAAUCCCGGUAUGCAGAAGACGGCCCAGGCUUGGUUUAUGGGUGGACCGAGCAGCUCCGAGCCAGAGAAGCCGACCUCUCUGCUCGCGGAGUGGAAUUCUUACGCUGCUGCGCGGUCGUCGGAUGACGCCGGAUCGUCGGGCUUUGGAUUCGAUCUCGAGGCCGCCGUGCGCACCGCCAAUGAUAAAGUCUCCGGGACGUUCAAUGUGGUUUCUAAAGGAGUACGCGACCUACCUGGCAACAUACAAUCUGCUGCUAGUACCGUGCCAUCUGGAAAGUCACUCAUGUACUUUGGGCUUUUCUUGGCCAGUGGUGUUUUCUUCAUUUUUAUUGCCUUUACAAUGUUUCUACCAGUUAUGGUGCUGAUGCCACAAAAGUUCGCCAUAUGCUUCACACUUGGAUGCCUGUUUAUUAUCGGGUCAUUUUUUGCAUUGAAAGGCCCAAAGAAUCAGCUUGCCCACAUGUCAUCGAAAGAGAGACUGCCUUUCACAUUGGGAUUCAUAGGCAGCAUGGUGGGUACAAUCUAUGUGUCAAUGGUGCUUCACAGUUACAUUCUCUCUGUGCUAUUUUCUGUUUUACAGGUAUUAGCACUAUCUUACUAUGCUCUCUCUUACUUCCCGGGAGGGUCUGCUGGACUGAAAUUCCUUACGUCUACUGUUACAUCUUCUAUUCUAAAAUGCUUUGGCCGGUGACGAUUGAUCACAUCUUCUUCAGCGGUGUUUGUUCCUCGUUGUCAGAUGGAACUGCUUAUUUUAGCAAACAUUCGGAGUUUGGACAUUGUAUUUUGGUACUAUUAGUUAACUCAAUUGUAAGUUCCUAGUUGGCCUAAAA